CAAUAGCAUUAGCAUACCAAUACGCCGCUCAGGCGGCCAAUCAGAUUUCAGGACAUUCAUUACAGCCACGGGCUGCAGGGUAUAAAACCUCAGCCCGUGCCGGACACACUCACUCAGCUUUCGAGCUAUUACGGAUUCACGACAAACAACGAAAACCCUCUGGAACUCUAUCCUCCAUUUCAACAUGACUCUGGAAGAAGUCUUCGUUCAAGAGACCGCCGUGAGAGUGCAGUCCACCGGGAAGGCACUGGAAGAAGUUUUGGUUUCGGCUAAGAACAACGAGUGCCUUACCAUCGGUGUCUACGAGUCUGCUAAAGUUAUGAAUGUUGAUCCAGACAGCGUUUCUUUCUGCGUCUUGGCUACCGACGAGGAGUUCGAGUGUGACAUCGCUCUGCAGAUCCACUUCACCCUGAUCCAGGCGUUCUGCUUCGACAAUGACAUCAGCAUCGUCAGAGUAAACGACAUGGAGCGACUUGUCGAGAUCUUGGGCGACAAAUCCGGCGAUCUUGAAGAUGCUCACUGCGUUCUGAUCACGAACCCAAAUGAGGAUUCGUGGAAGGACCCAGCUCUGGAGAAGCUGCACCUGUUCUGCGAGGAAAGCCGCAGCCUGAACGACUGGGUGCCUGAAAUCACUCUCCCUGAGCGCUGAACUGGGACUUUACAACUCUCCGCGGAGAUGCUGUUACCCUGAAGGAAUAAUCAUCCUACAAGGAUGGUGCAAAUUCCACACAUCCCUGGAUGUUCCUGAGGAAUCCAGUUCCAGGAAGCGCAAGGAUCAGUCUGAGAGGGUCCAUGCGGUCGCCCGGUCGGUCGGUUCAUGCCAGGAAAUCCCCCGUCCUUUGUGCGGAUGCGGCCUGGUAUAACCACUGCGGGGAAAGUGGCGAGUUUUACUCCUGUUGUGAAAGGGAGAAAACGUCGCGUUGGGACACUGCUUUGAAGACACGAUGCGUGUUUUCUUGUCGGACAGUUGUUGUGCAACAAGUCUGGAGUGUUAUUGACAAGAUAUUUUUUUUUACUUAAAAUAUCUGGUUUGCUGAAAUGUUUAUUGUUGAUUGCUGAACUACAAUAAAAACUCAAAAUUGA